UCAGACUAAACAUAAAUGAUCAUCACCUAGUUACAAAACUAAGAUAAAACAAGACUGCAACAAUGCAUCAAGCACCCACAACAGGCUUUCGUUUCUACCCAACUGAAGAAGAACUCAUCUCCUUCUACCUCCUCAACAAGCUCGAAUCCAAGAACCAAGACAGCAUUCGCCGCGUCAUCCCAGACCUUGACAUUUACAGCACCGAGCCAUGGGAGCUCCCAAAUUAUGCAGCGGAGCUGUGCCGUGGAGACACCGAGCAGUGGUUCUUCUUUACGCCGAGGCAGCAACGAGAAGCGCAAGGUGGGAGACCUAACCGGACUACGGCUUCCGGCUACUGGAAGACAACUGGCUCUCCUGGGUAUGUUUACUCCUCGGGUAAUCGGGUCAUUGGAGUGAAGAAAACCAUGGUUUUCUACAAAGGGAAAGCUCCGACGGGAAGAAAGACCAAGUGGAAGAUGAAUGAGUACAGAGCCAUUGAAGAAACAGCAGCUCCCUCAGCUACCACUAGUAAUAGUGCUAGUACUGCUAUCAUUCCCAAGUUGAGGCAUGAAUUCCGACUGUGCCGGGUGUACAUAGUAUCGGGGAGUUCUCGAGCAUUUGACAGGCGCCCGCUAGAAGGAAGCGGAGAUGCAUCACAUCGACGAAGUGAUAAUUUAACGGGGGCAAGUGCUUCUUCAUCUCACCAGGCAGCAAUGGUAGCAGAGAAAACAAGCUCAUCAUCUGAUACUCGUUCAAAUUCAGGAGACCGAGCUGAUUUCCAAGCAGAGAAUAAUCAAUGGGAAAUGGAUGAUGAUCUUCAACAACCUCUAUGGGAAUGGGAGCAGCUAAACUUACUCUAAAGCUGGCAUUCAGAAUUCGAUAGCACUCACGUGUAUGUCUGAGUAUCAAAUGAUCGUAUUUAAAGUUUAAGUAUGACAAGUUCGAUGCGAAAAAGUUCAAACCUACACUUAUGAUCGUGCAUACAGUUCAACGAAUGUUCAAUUUGAAGGAGCAAUUAUUGAUAGGCAUAACUUUUUUUUUUUUUUUUUUUGAGAAUAGGCAUAACUUAAUUUAGGUGUAGUUACUUUUUAAUUAUUUUUUAUCGUAAUUUAAGUGUAAUUAAAUUUCAAUUUUUUUCACACUUACCUUAAUUUGUAAAAGUGAGUGAUGAGUAACCAUCACCAGUCACCACACAUCUAUCGGGAGGGCAACCAAGCUGCAGAUGCUCUUGCUAACAUGGGUCUCUCUUCUACUGGUUUAACAUGGUGGGACAUACCCCCAGAUCUUAUUCGUUCUCAUUGUCGGAAGGACUCCUUGGGGUUGCCUAAUUUUCGUGUUCGUUAGUUACGCUUUCUUCUUGUAUUUAUCAUUUGUUUUCUCUUCCAAUUGUUUUCUUUGGGGGAGUUUUGGUUUUAUGUCCCCUCCUCCCUUUUGUACUUUUCUUUUCUUUUCUUCGAAAUAAAAUUCAAUAGGGGGUGAGCCGUCUAGGCUAUUUCUCUGUU